ACACAAUAUUUCUCUAUGUUUACUAUUAAUUUAUAUUUUAUAUUUAUUUUGAUAAAUGUUUUGAAUGCGUCUUUUCCGGACGCAAACAAUAAAUCUGUUUCCUAUAAAAAUGAAAACAUCCUUCGCGUGGUUAACGGGGUGCCAGCUAAACUCGGUGAUGUACCUUAUCAGCUAGCGUUCAAGAAGUCGAUGAGAAGGUCCCGGAUAUACGUGACGUUCUGCGGAGGCUCGAUCAUCGGUCCUACCAAGCUGCUUUCGGCAGCUCACUGCUUCGCCACAGAUCAGAAUGCUUGCAUGAAGAUGUGCGGAAGCGCAGCAAGGAAGGAUUCUUUGUCAAGAACGUACGCGGUAGCUGGCAACUUACAAAACCACGGCUACCGAAGUCUGAUUGACUCCGAACAACACGGCCAAUGGCGGGCCUUGAAGAACGUUGUAUUUCCACUGACGUAUAGAUUCCCGAAAGACGACAUAGCUAUUCUGUGGACCGAGACACCGUUUGUUUACAAUAGUUACGUGAACUCUAUUCCGAUUGCUCGAAAAAAAUUGGACUACAAAGGAGAAUGUCUGGUGUCUGGUUUUGGGAGAAUAUCUAGCAAGGAAACAUCUGACAAACUCAAUCUAGCGAAUCUACAACUCAUACCAGCGAGGAGAUGCAAUUUCGUGCACAUGAAGAAUAUGCGACGUUUUGUUUGCACCUCCAGUGCUGUGACAGAUGUUGAGAGGGGCGAUUCUGGCGGACCUCUCGUAUGCACUGGCACUGGCGACCCCAACGAAGGCAACAAAGGGGUCCAAGUGGGUAUCGUCAGCGGACACCGAGAGGGGGCCGGUUCGUUCUUCACCAGAGUCUCAUCAUUCUAUCCAUACAUCGAGAGGAAUAAGUGUACAAAACAGCUUGACAUUAGACUAUGCCUAUUAAUCGUGUCAAUUAAUACAAACAUUUUGAUAUUUUCAUUUAGUUUUAUUAUACGAGUAGGUAUACUAGCGGACCCGGUUAAGCUGUUUAAGUAUAUAGAUUCGCUAUGA